GUUUAUAUGUUUCAGUGAGCUAAUAUUCAUGGAACCAGAUGUUAUAGCCUCACCUGACUGGGAACAGCCUGGCCAAAUCCGAGUUGUCAUGCAGAUAGAGUUUUAUAAAACUGGCCGUAUCCAAGCUUAUUUUCAGAAGCGAAACUUGCAGAUGGACAAGCCAACACGAGUCACACCAGCAAUAUUCCAAUCAUGCAUGAACUAUAGUUUGUAUGCAAGAAUGGCACCACACUGGAACAAAGUAUCUGACAUUUUAAUACAAGGGCGUGACUUCAUUGUCAACAGCAGCGGUAGCAAAUUCCAAAAUGCCAUCAGAAUGAGGUUGGUUGUAAAAGAAGCAGAGCUUUACAUCUCAUUGCAGGGAUUUUGUGUACGAAUACCAUGCCUCCAGUAUGGUUAUAGGUUACCUGAAAGUGAAGACUCAAUGCUGUACUUUCAAGUCUACUUUCGUGCUAUUGGAAGCAAUCUAUUCACAUAUCCUACGUGUUGUGUACGAUCUGCAGAUAUCCAGUAUCAGCCACGGUGUGAUCCUGCUCCAAUAGUGACUGCAUUCAUGAAUGAAUUGCAAGCCAAGGUGGGAAGCAUUUGUGGCCACACUCUGACCUUCACAAGGACACCGUCAUUCUCAAUUCCUCGACUAUAUCCUGCCAGUCAGCCGGUAGCUCACAGCAAUCUUACUGCGACGUCACCACCCGUGGCCACGCCGUACAGAUCCAUCUUCACCCCGCCUGUGCCGCUCGCACACCGUCGGCAAGAAGCAUCAACACAGCCGGCAACGCAGCGAGGGCACCACGGUGCGUACGUGUCGCCACCAGCUGGCGCUGACGGUAGUCCGCCGUCCCUCAAGACGGCGUUCCUCGCCGGCGCUGCCAGAAUGGUCACUAAGCCAGCUUCAUCGGCAGUAGACAGAUCGCCGGACAGUGCAGCAGGCAAUGACAGGAUCGUCCCAUGGUUUAAACCUCAGAACAGCGCGAGAGGCCAGCUGCGUAGCGAAGCGAAACCCACAUCCAGGAUCGUUCCGAUAUUUAGGCCAGCGAAAGUGGCCCCUGCGCAGGCUGUAGGACGGAAGGUGCCUCCAUCUACUGGUAGAGUGAGGCCUGCAUUCUCCAGUACCGUAGCGCCACCUAGACUGAGCCAGGUGGACAGCACCGCCCCCUCUUGCAACAUCGCACAGAAGCCCGGCCCAAACUUUGCCGGAAUUCCACCACGCCACCCAAGCUCCGUGCCUCGGCCUGGCAUGGUAGCUCCCCUACACAGACCAUUUACAGCACAGCUGACAGAGUCAGGGAUAAGCCAUGUUGCCACUCAGCUUAGCAACUCGGCACCUGUUCCAGGCUUGCCACGAGGUCAUUCACAUCAGCCCUCACACGGGAGAAUUCUACCAAGUCCAGCCACUAGUCAGCUUAACCAGGGUAUUAUGAAGAGACAAGCACAGGGAGUGGGCGAUGAAGGGUCUAAAAUAAAGAAGCCACGGGUCAAGCCACAAGUACAAGAGAAUGUCAAUGUAGAGGAAUAUGCAACAUAUAAUCAGCUGGGAAAGCUGAACACGGUCACCCUACUGUCAUGGCUGAGACAGAAAGGUGUCGCCUGCAAGGCUAAAGAUAAGAAACAGGACCUCAUUGACAAGAUCAUGCUGUGCAUCGCUGCCAGACACAUUGAGCAGUGACAGCAGCAAGCAUCACGUGUCUACAUGUCACGAACUCUGUGGGGAGAUUGUUGCAGAGGUGGCUACCUGCAUAUAUGCACGCGACCUGUGAUCCAAUGGGAUGUUUAGGCAUGGUGGUCGCAAGAUUAGUAAAUUGACGAGUACACAGCAGCAUAAAGUUGAGUAUCAAUGUUAUGUACAUGUUACAGUAUCAAUAAUUUAUUUGAAAAUUAUUUAUUAUAUUUAUCAGGGGUGAAUAAUAAUAGAUAACU